UUGAUGUUGGGACGUGCUGACUCUUCUGAGUGAAUGUGGCUUCAUUUCCUCUGUGUGUUUCGGGGAAUGGCUUCACACGGACGAGGCCGCUCCGCUGGUGGUUCCGCCCCGCACGGAGAGGAGCGUCGAGGGACAACGUCGUCGCCGGCAAGGGAAACAAGUCGGGGAGUUGGAGGUAGGGAGGAAGAACGACGUGCUCAAAACUUGUGGUGCGACUACAACAAACGCGUCUGGUAUUUCGACUUGGCGAGCCAGGACGGCUCCGACCCGUUGCGUCCACCGUGUGGGCCGCUCUUGUUCAUCGCCGUUCGCGCCUACAGAACGCGUCUCGCAGGGUCCAUCGUCCAGUGGGUCGACGAUGGCAAAUACAAUUUCAAGUUUACUUUGAAGAAGCAUUAUAAAAGUGAUGGUUUUGUCGACAACAUCGCAAAGGGAUGCAAGGUUGCGGGGAGGAUGUUCGGCGGGUACGGUCGUCGUGCGAUGUCUUUGCCUCACUUUCUCGCGCUAGCGACGGGGCACGACGAGGCCGUUCACGUCACAGACUUCCUCAAGGUCUGGGCGAAAUCUGGUACCUCUGUCAGUGUCGUGGACAUCGGACCUGGAACAUCGAUCAGUGGUCCUGUUGGGUUUGCGGGAGGAGAGUGCUCUGAAAGGGAGAUGGGAAGUCUGGGUGGCUUGCCAGCUACGCCUCCUGAUCAAGAGGUGGGCAUGUCAGAUGACUCGGAGGACGACCAUCCGCGUGCUCCUUUGAAACCGGGCUUGCACGUAUCUCGCCGUCACGGUUUGCUUGGGAAGUCAACGCCACAUGGAGGCGGUGAUGGCGAACGGUUGGGACAGGGCUUAGAAUCAACGACUCCUCGUAGUCAGGUCGAAAGGAUCGGUUCAUUCGUUCGUGGCAUGCGGGUGGCCGAGGUUUCGCUUGGAGAUCGAGCGGGUGGUCUGCAGAGAAAGGUACGAGGGAGUGCUCGGACGCCAACAACACGAGAGGGCGGUUCCGUUGAGAAGAGGAAAAGGGUUGGAGGUGGGGAUGAAACGCCAAAAGACUCGUCGACACAGCGAAGAACCGGUGAGUCUUCCGGGAAAAGGCCGAAAUCAUCGAGGGGGAAGAAAGCAGACGAGGGCGACAGCGGGGAGGGGGAUGACGACGUGGAGAUUAACCUCAACGCCUUUAACCUCGACAAUCCGUUCUUCCUCGAGAUGCAGAGAGGGGUGCAGAAGGACGUCGUGUUGCACAUCCAUCCCGAAAGAAUAUUAGCUAUUCCAGACUGGGAAGACACGUACAACCACCGAUCCUUGGACGAGUUCCUCGUUGAUACCAUCUCGUCGGCUAUGGUCGACUGCUACGAACGUAAAGACAUGAGAUACACGAAGCCCAUUUUCGUUCUCGCUCCGAUCGUCGCGCCUCCAGAGAACGGCGAGCCUGCUGUGGGCAUGUUGCCUGCUGUGCGCAUGCUUCCUGCUGACUUCGACAGCUCACACCUGGCGAAAUACUGGUAUUAUCCUGGUUGUGGACAGCAUAACCCGAAGGCGGCGAUGAUGGUGAAAGACCAUCCCGUGUUUGAUUACUACAACUUCUAUCAUAAGGAGACCCUGGGAAAACUAGGGCAUCAGCUACGCUCCCACCCUUGCGUGCUCGACUUGUGCGGUGUUGCGGACCGUGCGCAAUGGGACUCUGGGGCAUUCGCGUCUCUGAGUGAGUUGCUGGGCUUCGUUUGUCAGGACUACUGGACAUUGGUGGUAUUCGUCCCCUGCCUGUGGAACCUCUCCUUCAUGACAUGUUUGUCUGCRCUUGGGGCUACCCGAUGCUACACGGGGAAGUGGGUUCGGAAGACGGCAUCGAAGAAGACGCAUCAGUUUGGAAACAGCRUCUGGCAGGAGCCGGAUGUGAUGCACAUCCUUUUCAAAGGCGAGGAUCCUCGGCUACUGACUCACCCGGUGUAUGAGGGAGUUGUUGAUGAAGACGACGUCGUCGCCCUCCAGAGGAAACAAAAAGUGACACCCACGGAUGUGGAGGAGAAGUCUUUCAAGUCUUUGACUUUCGCGGACAUCGGAAACCUGACCCAUAGGGGGGCUCUGUACAAGGACGGCGAGCGGAAUCCGAAUCAGUUGUGCAAUCAGCUUCUUUUCUUCUGUGGUGUGGCGGAUGCCGUGCUGUUUUUGGGCAAUCCGCACGCGCAGGUGGUGUGGAGUCUGCUUCAGCAGGGAAGGCACGUCUUGGCCGUGGAUGGGGACACAACGCAACUCGAAUACACCGUGCAGUAUGUCACCCAUGAAGUGUCGUCCAAGGCUUACCCAUGCGAUUUCCACCAUGUUGUGGUCGAGCCCAUUUAUGACCCGAACAAGGACAUAUUCUUCAAGUUGACUCCGAAGAAAAGGCGCCAGGUCUACUCCUUCCUUUACGGCGAAYAACCAAGGUUGAGAUUUGACCCGCAGUACGUGGUGCGGAAGGAAGUCGCCAUUGCGGUCCUCCAGGGCUACCACGGAGCGAGUCGGGCCGGCGCUGUGAGCUUCAUUAAGAGGCUGGAAUAUGUCUUUUUUAAUGAGGAUGUUGUCGAUCCGGUCGACUUCACUUUGGAAAAGUACAAGCUGGCAUUCGGUGAGGAGGACGACUUCAAUAUCGAGACUGAGCAGGAGGAGAGCGUUGAGGACGACCUCUUCGAUUUGGACGGGCAAUUGGCCAUCUUCAACGCCCAAGUUUCUGAGUCGCCAUCAGUAUGCAAACCGGGGACACCUCUCGCUACACCUACCUCGGGCUGUCCUACGCCCGUGUCCUCCUCAGCGCCUGUCAAGAGGGGUGGGUUGUCUCGUCUGAGGAGUUCGCCGGGGGAGCCUAUUCAUCUCACACCGCAGCCCGAACAUCUUCGACCCGGCCAUCCAGUUCCUCCGGACCAUCCGCAUCUCAAGGCUCCUGUGACUCCCUUCCACAUGGGCGACAAACACACCUUCUCCACAGCCGAAGAUUGGGGCCAUGAUAUCGUGUGGCACCCAGUCCUUCUCGACGGCGAAUGGACAGUGGCUGUGAGGGACGUAAGUGGAGGGUGGAUAUAUGAAGAUCGUUGGGACCUCGAGACAUUCAAAUCUCGCGCCUACGAUGCGGUAUUGGAGAGAUUAGGUGAGGUCAAUCGAGGAAAUAAGGACGACCCUGCUCUUCGCGAAUACGGGGACACGCUGUUCGAGUGCUUGCAAUCAAAUACAUGGCUGGAAGUGUCCUCCGCGUUCUACGCCCUUCCGUCAAGCCCGUCAAUUAAGCAAGUGAGUUGGGAGUUGCCUAGGGUCACCCCGCCGGCAGGAGUUCUGAAGCACAAGUCUCGCGGAAAGGACAGCGACGGGGAUGGUGAAGGCUGCGGGCAACGAGGUACCGGAGGUGGAAGUGAACAGCGUUCGACGAAACAGCGGUCUCUGAGGCAUUUAGGCGCCGGAGAGGGGAAAAAGGGCAGUUGGGAAAAGAAGAAGCCUCGCAGCGGAGAGAAGACAAAGCAUCACAGAGGAGACGGGCAGGGGUCGAUUGUGACGAGGACGGUGGGGUUCUGGCGGUAACAGGCAGCACCUCAAUGGAGACAGGGAGCGACUUGAGGCCUGGGUGUAUUACGCGGCCUGGCGAGCAACACCCUUUG